UUAGCAGAGGUAGGGAAGGUUGUUAACGACAAGAUCGAGAGUCUCGACUUUCCGACGUGUAUGGCUAAAUGUGCGAGAAGUAAGAUCAGGACAGUCUGGGUCAAGAACCCCACUGUCGUUGACCUUAUACACAACCAACGCAACUAUGCGAGGGUGGUUGUGUCAACCUGCACAUGUGCAGGUCUCCCUUAUCCGAGGACUGGGGAGCACAUACGAUUUCGCCUGCACGAAUUGGCUGGCAAGCAUCCUAUGCUGUUGAACGCAGGGAACAUUCCCAGAGCACAGCAUCCGGACCGCCUAAAGCUACUAUGUAGGGAGAUUGAAGACUCUUUCAACACAUGGAAGAAUCGCAACGCGAACGAAGUGGUGGUAUCACAGAAGGAAGUCAGGAGAUGUAUAGUGGGCAACGAGAUCGUGAACAGCAAGUGUCUGGACAUCAUGGACGUGAAGGAGUUACGGGGCAGGUUAGAAGGUUUGGUUCGGAUGCCGAUGGACCGGAAUCCCGGAGAGACACUGGUGAUGUGUCCGUAUUGUACUCUGAAGCCAUGAUGGAGGCAUUUGUCACCAACCCUGGUUACGAAGUUAUCACAAGCAAGGAAGUGAACGUGAAGCAGGACCUUCAGACAACAUUCAAGGACAAAGACUACUAUGUUGGGAAAGGGAGACAUUCAAUACGAGUGAACACAAGAGGAAGGGGAUGCUCAUUUGGCAAGACUACGGGAAUGGACCACUGGCGGGAGUUAAGGUUGGAGGAUAUCCGAAGUUUCGUGGAGGUGGAUCUGAAACACACAUAUGUCAGUGCUACGGGGGUACUGCUGAGACAGACCAUCGGUAUUCCGAUGGGAAAAAGCACUAGUCCACCGUUAGCCUGUAUCAUGUGCGCAUAUUCAGAAUAUAAAUUUUUGAACUCUUUGGGUAGGAGGAGGAACCAAGUGCACGGAUUAAGGCUGAUGGACGACGUCAGCAUCAUCAUUGAAAGGAGGAAGAAGGGUGCGGGUGUGGACGAUCUCAUUCAAGCUUUUGAGAGCUGCUACCCCGCAAACCUGAAGCUGAAGCAUACCGACGACGGAUCAGGCAAGUGGGAGUUCCUGGGUUUGGAAAUGAAGUCGCAGAACAGCUACCCGUACUUGGGUUGCAUCCAAAUGUCCAAGAACGAAAAAGUUGUAUGGGAGCAGAGGGAUCUCGAGUUCAAGAACGGACAAAGUUAUCUGUCUUGGGGGGCGAAACAACAAAAGAGUGAGGUGAUUGCGAGUCACCUACACAGGAUCGAUGCGAACACUUCGAUCCGAACUGAGAUCCCAUAGAGACUGUUCACUCUCAGCCAAUAACUGAAGAUGAAGGAUUUCCCAAACAAAUUUGUCAACAAGAC